UUUUGUAGAAGGUGUGGUUGAUGUCUGGUUCCCCACAGUCGACGCUGACCCAUGUGGAGAGCUGGUCGGGUCGUAGCAACUGCAGCCCUAAUGGCCCAUUUCAGGUGCCGUCCUCUCCAACGACGCCGUUUGGGAUUAAGAACAAGCCAUGGGACCUUAUUUAUCAGCCCGCCGUUCAACUGCCAAAACACAAGCUAAGCGGCGGAGGCCUUCCGGGCCCACCUAGAAGCCUCGGUCAACUUCAAUAUCCUGCACAAAAUCCAAAGUCCCCUGUUUUCUACAACACCCGUUUCCAGCAACUGAGGAUGGAGCGUUUGUUGAACCAUCCGGAUAUCGGUUGUGGAAUGUGGUACAGCCAGCACCAAGUGGAUCAAAACAGGGGUGGGAGACUAGUAGGAGGAAUGGGUCAAGCAGCAUACCAGACCCGUCCUACCCAAACGUUUAGCGGUUCGGGUACACCGGGGGUAUCUUUUGGUAGGUAUGUUGGCGGCGAUAGGGCUGUGUCGGGCGGUGGCGGUGUGAAAAAGGGUUGUGCUGGUACCGGGGUCUUUUUGCCUCGAAGGUAUGGGAGUAAUAAUGACAAGAACGCGUUCCCUUCAGAUUCACGCAAGAAGCUAGUUGGUUCAACUGCUUUGCUUCCAGAUAGAGUUGUUCAUGCCCUCAACACGAACUUUGUUGACGUAAAUUCGCAGUCUCUGGCCGGGUACAACUUGGGCUUCAUCCCGGAUUAUGACACCUUCAUGGCUCGAAGGAACGAGUUACUUUUACGACGUCAACUUGGCUUAAGUUCCUUGACUUCAAGUGCAUAUCCUCCUCCGGAUUGGAGCUUUUGAGUUUGUAGGCAUUUUCUGUUGAUUUGGUGGUAAGAAAAAGGCUAGUGAAGUUGAGGUAGUAUAAUGAAAUGUGACCUGAUGAUGAUGAUAUAGAAAAAUACAGUGAAAGGCAAUAUAGUUAGAGUGAGGAGUGGAGGAGGGUGGCUUUCUAAUGUAGUAAAUUGUUGAACAAGUAGUGGAUGCUUGGCUUAAAUUUUUGAAUUGGAAUUGAAGGGAAAAUCCCCAACCCUCCGUUAGUUAUGUAAUUGCUAGAAAACGUUAUGUCCAAUAAAAAACUUUUAGGUGUAUUUGAUUA